UUUGUAUUUGCGAAGAAGAAAUAUCUGUGUUUUUAAGACGAGAAACCACCAAACGGCUAUAAUUGCCGCAGCGGGUGGAGAAGCCGAAAAGACGAUCACCGAGAACAAGGAGGAACCCAAGAUCGUUGAGCUCUAUUACGCUCUCUGUCUGGGUUCUGAAGUUGGUUCUCGACUUUUUUGCGAGAUUUGAACUUUGAUCUGGUUUCAACCUUCUCAGUUUGCAGAGGAGAGAGGCAGAUUGGUCUUUGAUUAAGUGUGUAUUGAUUCACAGAACUUUUUGUUUUCUCUUCAAUUGGGUGUUCAUGAUGCCUGAAGGAGGUUAUUAUAGUUCUAAGAAGACGGAUGAUAUAUGUGAAGAUGUUUGUGGCGAGGAAACUCGUGCUGCAUUGAGCUUGUCAAGACUCCGCUGUAUUCUACGAGGGUUGGAUUUGAAGACCUUCAUGCUUCUAUUUAUUUUGAUUCCUACAUGCAUUUUUACAAUCUAUUUGCACGGGCAGAAGAUCUCCUAUUUCCUACGGCCAUUAUGGGAAUCUCCACCCAAACCCUUCCAUGAUAUCCCGCAUUAUUAUCACGAGAAUGUCUCAAUGGAAAACCUUUGCAAACUUCAUGGAUGGGGAAUCCGUGAGUCCCCCAGACGUGUAUUUGAUGCGGUGCUGUUCAGCAACGAGCUAGAUAUCCUUAGCGUUCGAUGGAAUGAACUGUAUCCUUACAUCACGCAGUUUGUUCUGCUAGAAUCGAAUUCAACCUUCACUGGAUUGCCAAAGCCUCUGGCUUUUGCAAGCCAUCGAAAUCAGUUCAAAUUUGUUGAGCCUCGGCUAACUUAUGGGACCAUUGGAGGGAGAUUUAAGAAAGGGGAGAACCCAUUUGUUGAGGAGGCAUACCAGCGAGUUGCACUUGAUCAGCUCCUCAGAAUAGCUGGUAUAACUGAUGAUGACUUGUUGAUAAUGUCAGAUGUUGAUGAGAUACCAAGUAGCCACACGAUUAAUCUCUUGAGGUGGUGCGAUGAAAUCCCUCCUAUCCUCCAUCUUCAACUGAAGAAUUAUCUGUAUUCGUUCGAAUUUUUCCUGGAUGACAAGAGUUGGAGAGCUUCUGUCCACAGGUAUCAGACAGGCAAGACAAGGUAUGCACAUUAUCGUCAGACCGAUGAUCUCCUGGCGGAUGCUGGGUGGCAUUGUAGCUUUUGCUUCCGUCAUAUUAGUGAAUUCGUAUUUAAGAUGAAAGCUUACAGCCAUGUCGAUCGAGUGAGAUUUUCUCAUUACUUGAAUGCGGAACGGCUUCAAGAUGUAAUCUGCAAAGGUGCUGAUCUAUUUGACAUGCUUCCUGAGGAGUACACUUUCAAGGAGAUCAUUGGAAAGUUGGGAUCAAUACCAUCUUCCCAUUCAGCAGUUCAUCUCCCAGCUUAUCUUUUGAACAAUGCUGACAAAUAUAAAUUUCUCUUGCCUGGCAACUGCAAAAGAGAAAGUGGCUAAGUUUCUUACAGGUUUGAGGUUCUACAUUGUAAAUUUUAAAGGGCGGCACUUUUGACACCCCAGGAGGGUUCUGUGGGGAAACUGAUGACUGUGUCGUGGUAUUGAGAUUCAAAAUACCAUAUAUCCAUCAUUCUUUAGAGAGAAGGUAGGGGGGAUUGGAUGAGUGGGAUAUCCUGGGUGAAACAUUGUAUAUUUCCCCUUUCUUUUUUGUCCUGGUGUUUGGUUUCAUCCAUGUGGUCGAUGUGGAAGUCAUGUUUUUUGCCAAACAAGCUUGCUGUGUGGGGAACAGUUAAACCGCUGUGGAUAGAUUGCAAAUCAUUGGUGGUGUUAUGACAUGAUUCCCCAAAAUGAAAACAGAUGACAUUUCCCGAGCUUUUGUAUGAUGGGAAUUUUGUUUUUCUUUGAGACUAAUCUAUUCUUAUAUUCUUCAACUUUUGUUAGUUUUAA